AUGGAGGACAUUCCUGUGCAUGGUUGGGCCAUUGAAUGCCGAGUCUAUGCAGAAGACCCCUAUAGGGCUUUUGGCCUACCCUCAAUCGGUCGUCUCUCUAGCUACGUGGAGCCAACACACAUACCUGGAGUCCGCUGUGAUAGCGGUAUACAAGAAGGCUCUGAAAUCUCCAUCUACUAUGAUCCAAUGAUUUGCAAGCUGAUCACGUAUGCACCAACACGGGACCUAGCCCUUGGCAUCAUGGCCCGUGCACUCGACGCAUAUGUGAUCCGUGGCGUGACACACAAUAUCCCCCUUUUGCGCGACAUCAUCACCAAUGAUAAAUUUGUCAGUGGUGACAUCACAACCAACUUCCUGCCUGAAACAUAUCCAGAUGGAUUCCAAGGUAUGUUGCGAGAGCUUCUGCACUCUAUGGUAAUAAGAUCUCCAUUGCUUUUAGAGUGGUAA